AUGGCUCUGCUUCAGUCCUCCCUGAUGCCUGUCCUCCUGCGUGCCUUCUACCUUGCUGCCUCAGUUCUUAUCCUCGUCAUACAGGCCGUUCCUGCACUACGCACCCGAUUUCUAGCCUAUGGUCCCCGUGCCACUACACCGCCCACCCAGGAGACCCAGGAGCACCAGAAGCACCACCAGCAGCCCUCGGCACUCAGUCGCGCUCUCGACUAUGCUGCCUCGCUGCAAGUGCCCCAUCACUUCUUCACCCACUUCUACGUCACCUCGGUAGCCUGCUCGCUCCUGUGGGCAUGGCAGAUGGACGUGUGGCAUGCGCAUAGGCAGCAACAAGUGGUUUGGGCGCUCCUGCUGCUUCAGGGUCUGCGGCGCGUGCUCGAGUCACAUGUCUACACUUCAGCCAGCAAGAGCACAAUGUCCGUUGCCCACUGGCUUCUCGGCCUUCUCUUCUACAUCACCAUCAACGCCGCCAUCUGGGUCGAGACGCCUGGCAGCGCAUCAGCCAAUGCAUUCCUUGUGCCAGGAGUCAUCACAGCCCAAAUGCUGCAGCACUCCUACCACGCCUACCUCUACCGCCUGCGCACGGAGAAUAAAGGCUACCAGCUCCCGUCUCACCCCAUGUUUCCCAAUCUGCUCUGUCCGCAUUACACUUGCGAGGUAGUCAUCUACGCAUUGCUAUCGCUCAUAACAGCCCCAGACGGCAGCUUGGUCAAUUGGACUGUGGCCUGUGGAACCAUAUUCGUCGCUACCAAUCUCGGUGUGACGGCAGUAGGUACCAAGGAAUGGUACAUGGCAAAAUUUGGUGCCGAUAAGGUAGGUUCGCGGAAAAGAAUGGUGCCUGCCAUGUGGUAA